GUGCUCAUCUCCAGUUCUUAAACUUCUCCACUGAACCUAACCACGACUUCGUUGAAAUUCGCAAUGGGCCCUACGACACCAGUAACAUCAUCAGCCGGUUUAGUGGGACCGAACUCCCAGGCUCCCUUCUUUCCACAUCGCACGAAACCACCAUAUAUUUCCACAGUGACCACUCACAGAACAAGCCUGGUUUUAAAGUAGAAUAUCAAGCUUAUGAACUCCAGGAGUGCCCAGAUCCUGAACCCUUCGCCAAUGGCAUUGUAAGAGGAGCAGGUUAUAGUGUGGGGCAGUCCAUCUCUUUUGAGUGCCUCCCUGGCUACCAGUUGAUUGGACAACCAGUCUUAACCUGUCAACAUGGAACCAAUAGGAACUGGGACCACCCAUUGCCCAGGUGUGAAGUCCCCUGUGGAGGAAACAUCACUGCCCAAAAUGGAACGAUCUACUCCUCCGGCUUUCCCAAUCAGUAUCCCAAUUCCCAGGACUGCACGUGGGUAUUUGUGGUGUCACCUGGAUAUGGCAUCUACCUCAACUUUACCUUGCUACAAACAGAGCCAUACAAUGACUUCAUCACUGUCUGGGAUGGUUCUCAAGAGACAGCUCCCCAGCUGGGGGUUUUCACAGGACACUCAGUGAAGAAAGUCAUCCAAAGCUCUUCCAACCAUGCGCUAAUGAAGUUUCACAGUGAUGCAGCCAAUGGAGGCCUUUUUGUCAUCCACUUCUAUGCCUAUCAACUUUCUAAGUGCCAACCGCCAACUAUGGUCCCUAAUGCUGAAAUCAUCACCGAGAAUGAGGAUUUUUCCGCAGGUGAUAUUAUUAGGUAUCAAUGCCUUCCUGGCUUCACCUUGGUUGGAAAUGAGAUCCUGACAUGCAGGCUUGGUACCCACCUCCAGUUCGAAGGCCCUCCCCCAACAUGUGAAGUUCACUGUCCAAUGAAUGAGGUCCUCCGUGACUCCACAGGAGUGAUCCUAAGCCCAUCCUUCACAGGCAGCUACCCUCACUUCCAGACUUGCUCUUGGAUGAUAGCAGUGGAACCAGAGUACAAUAUCACCUUCACCGUUGAAUAUUUCUUGAGUGAGAAGAAGUACGAUGAGUUUGGGAUAUUUGACGGGACUUCAGGUCAAAGUCCACUGUUACUGUCUCUAAGUGGAAAUUACUCUGCACCACUGGUGGUGACCAGCUCAGGAAACAGAGCCUAUCUCCACUGGUCCUCUGAUCAUGCCUACAGCAGGAAGGGUUUCCGGAUCCGAUAUUCGGCCCCUUAUUGCAGCCUCCCUCCAGCACCUCUCCAUGGCUCUAUCCUCAGCCACUCCGGCCUGCAGCCAGGAAGCACCAUUUGGUUCGGUUGUGACACCGGCUACCGCCUCGUUGGCCACAGCUUUUCCACGUGUUCGAGACACCCCCAGGGUUACCACCACUGGAACAAAGCCAUUCCUCUGUGUCAAGGUGUGCAGGAGACAACUGUAUACUUUCCUGUUGUUUAUCUGAACAUUUAUCCUACCCUGUCUUGCAACAGGCUGGGUGUUACAACAAUUCACCUCCACGCCCAAGAUAACUCCAGCGUGGAGUGCCUGGCUACUGGACAGUGGAGCAAUGGCAAUAAUCCUCCUCCAUGUGUGGCGGUCAGCUGUCCUGACAUCAGUAGCAUUGCUGUGGAACAUGGGAGAUGGAGGCUGAUUCAUGAGACCCAGUACCAGUAUAACGCACAGCUCAUGUUGAUCUGCGACCCAGGCUAUUAUUACAUUGGGUUUCGUGUCAUCGGCUGCCAGGCGAAUGGGAAAUGGAGCAUAGGAGAACCCAUGCCGACUUGUAGAAUCAUCUCCUGUGGAGACUUGCCCGUGCCACCCAACGGAAACAGGAUUGGGACCUUAACCACUUAUGGAGCUACUGCCAUCUUCUCCUGCAAUAGCGGCUAUACCUUAGUGGGUUCUCGUGUGCGAGAAUGUAUGGCCAACGGUCUUUGGAGUGGACUAGAAGUGACAUGCCUGGCCGGUCACUGUGGUGAGCCAGGUUCUAUUGUCAAUGGCCAGAUUAAUGGCGAGAACUACAGUUACCGUGGCAGUGUGGUGUAUCAGUGUAACCCUGGCUUCCGGCUCAUCGGCAUGUCAGUUCGCAUCUGCCAGCAAGAUCACCACUGGUCCGGGAAGACUCCUGUUUGUGUGCUGGUCUCCUGUGGCCAUCCUGGAUCCCCACCUUAUGCCCAGAUCUUGGGUGAUGUCCACACCGUAGGAGCAGUGGUGCACUACAAAUGCCAGGAAGGCAGGAAUUUGAUUGGCAAUUCCACCCGCACGUGUCAGCUUGAUGGGCGUUGGAGUGGAUCUCUACCUCAUUGCUCAGGAAGCAUCCGGGGACUUUGUGGUGAUCCUGGAAUCCCUUCCCAUGGUAUCCGGCAUGGUGAAAACGAAUUAAGUGUGAACAGCACGGUCUGGUUUAGCUGUGAGCCGGGUUACACGCUCCGGGGCUCACUGCAAAGAAUCUGUCAAGCCAAUGGAUCAUGGAGUGGCACUCAGCCAGAAUGCGAAGUGAUCUCAUGUGGGAACCCUGGGACACCCAGCAACUCAAGGGUAUUAUUCAAUGACGGCCUGGUGUUCUCCAGCUCCAUCAUAUACAAGUGUCGGGAUGGCUAUUAUUCCACAGGUGUGCUCAGCAGGCAUUGUACUGUCAAUGGAACCUGGACCGGGAGUACCCCAGAAUGCACAGUGAUAAACUGUGGGGACCCUGGCGUGCCAGCCAAUGGCAUCCGAAUGGGCAAUGACUUCACCUAUAAUAAGACUGUCACAUUUCAGUGCAUGCCAGGUUACAUGAUGGAAUCAGAAAGAGCUUCUACGUUAACUUGCACUAAGGACCGGACCUGGAAUGGGACAAAACCUGUCUGCAAAGCUAUCCUCUGCAAAUCUCCACAAAUUGUUCCCAAUGGAAGAGUCAUGGGCUCAGAUUUCAGUUGGGGCUCAAGUAUCAGUUACACCUGUCUGGAAGGCUAUCAGCUCUCCUUAGCUGCUGUUUUGACCUGCGAAGGAAACGGAUCAUGGAAUGGAGAAAUCCCACAGUGUUUUCCUGUCUUUUGUGGCGAUCCAGGAAUCCCAGCCGACGGGCGGCGGGAAGAUCGAGGUUUUACUUACCGGUCCUCUGUCUCAUAUUCCUGUCUGCCCCCGUUGGUGCUGGUGGGAUCAGCUCGGAGGUUCUGCCAAGCCGAUGGAGCAUGGAGUGGGACCCAGCCAAGCUGCAUUGAUGCAAGUGUUACAACCUGCAUGGAUCCAGGUGUGCCCCUUUUUGGAAUUCAAAACAAUUCCCAAGGUUAUCAGGUUGGAAGUAUCAUCUUCUUCAAGUGUCAUAAAGGAUAUUUGCUGCAAGGGUCCACCACCAGAACCUGCCUUCCAAAUCUGACAUGGAGUGGAAUUCAGCCAAACUGCAUCCCACACAACUGCAAAGAACCAGAUACCCCUGCCCAUGCCAACGUGGGCUCUCUGGACCUGCCUUCGCUGGGGUACACCUUGAUCUAUUCAUGCCAGAGUGGCUUUUAUCUCACCGGAGGAUCAGAGCAUCGGACUUGUAAGGCUGAUGGUAGCUGGACAGGGAAGCCUCCCAUUUGCCUGGCGGAUGUCCGACCCAGCAGACGGCCUACGGGGGCUGCAAAGGACCAGCAUCUUCCAAAAGUCUCAGUUCCUGCUGAUGUCUUUGCCAAAAAUUCCUUCUGGAAAGGCUCCUAUGAAUACAUGGGCAAAAAGCAGCCAGCCAUGCUUUCUGUCACCAGCUUUGAUCCAGUCACCAGUAAAGUAAAUGCCACUCUGAUGGACCACAGUGGUGUGGAGCUGCAAGUCUCUGGUAUUUACAAAAGAGAAGAUGUCCAUCUUCUCCUCCAGGUACACCAAAUUACAGGACCACUGGAGAUCUUCACGAACAAAUUCAAGAAUGAUAAGUGGGCAUUGGAUGGACACGUCACCCCAGAAGCUUCAAGUGGGACCUUUGUCUACCAAGGGUUUGUCCAUGGCAAAGGUUUUGGACAAUUUGGUCUCCAAAGACUAGAUAGCAGCAUCAUUGAACGGGACCCUGAAUCAACAGGAUAUCCAUUUGCAUCCAACAGCAGCUCAGUUGCAGCUGCCAUCCUCGUGCCUUUCAUUGCCCUGAUGAUUGCAGGGUUUGUGCUCUAUCUCUACAAGCACAGAAGGAGACCGAAGGUGCCGUUCAAUGGCUAUGCCGGCCAUGAAAACACCAAUGUCCGAGGAACAUUUGAAAACCCAAUGUAUGACCGCAAUUUGCAGCCAACAGACAUCAUGGCCAAUGAGGCAGAGUUUACCGUCAGCACUGUGUGUACUGCAGUAUAG